GUUGAAGUGAAUUAAAAAACAUUUCUUGCAUACAUAACAUGUAAUUUUAAAUAAAUAAUUGCGAUAUAAACCCAUUGAUAUGUCUGAUAUGUCCACUAAAAUAAAUUCUGAAUUAAAUAGUCAAAAACCCCCUAAGUUUUUAUGUGGGAUAGUAGAAGGGUUUUAUGGUCGGCCCUGGACAAUUGAGCAACGUAAAGAAUUAUUUAAACGUAUGAACAAAUUACAAUUAAACACAUAUAUGUAUGCACCUAAAGAUGAUACAAAACAUCGUACUUAUUGGCGGGAUUUGUAUUCAAAGGCAGAAGGAGAAUGUUUGACUAGUCUAAUCAAGUGUGCAAAGCAAAAUAAUAUUGAUUUUUAUUAUGCACUUUCUCCUGGAUUAAAUAUAACUUUUUCAAAAACAAAAGAUAUAGAGGCUAUUAAGAAAAAAAUGGACCAAGUUGCAACAUUUGGUUGUACAUCAUUUGCCCUGUUGUUUGAUGAUAUAGAUGCAGAGCUUUCAGUAUCAGAUAAGCUCAAAUUUAAAUCAUUUGCUGAUGCUCAAUCAAUUGUAACAAAUGAAAUAUAUGAACAUUUAGGAAAGCCUAAUUUUAUGUUUUGCCCAACAGAAUACUGCGUGUGCCGCGCCGUCCCUAACGUCACUUCGUCCGAUUACCUCAAAACGCUUGGCCUGAACCUCAACCCAGCUAUAAGCGUUAUGUGGACAGGACCUAGGGUGGUUUCGAAACGAGUCAACAGAUCCGGGCUAGAGGAAUUAAAAUCGGUAUUACCUAAAGGGAAUAAUUUGAUUUUGUGGGACAAUAUACAUGCUAAUGACUACGAUCCGAAACGAAUUUUUUUGGGGCCCUUUAAAGGCCGGGACCAAGAUAUUAUUUCUGGUUACGGAUUAGAAGAAGAUGACAUUAAUGUCAAUGAAUAUUAUAAAGAAGAUGAUAAUAUGAAAGUUAAUAACACAAACGAAAGUGACAAAAUUAGCCGAAAUUUACCAACGUUUUCUGGUAAUAUUGAUGAUGAAGUUAGCUCAAAGAGUCCAAAUAAGGCAGUGAUAUCAAAAAACGAUACGGGAAGUAUUAGUAAGGAAAUUCUUGAGCCCUAUGGCCUAAAAACGUUUGAUAAACAUGGCUCCUAUAGAAGAGGGCCAUUAGACGGUGUUCUCUCAAACCCUAAUUGCGAGUUCGAGGCCAAUUACGUGGCCAUCCAUACGCUAGCCCAAUGGAGCAAAAUCAAAAUGGACCCGGUGAUUCGAGAAAAUAUUGCUGCGACUGAGAAUUGUGAGGCCCUGGCUCAAACUAAAUAUAGUUACGAUCCGAGAAUAGCCCUCGAGAUAGCCUUGACAAGCUGGUUAGAUCACGUAAACUCGCGCGCGCCUUACUUGGUUCAAAUCCCUCGUUGUCUCACGACCCAAAGCGGAAUAUCGGCCACUGGAGGAGGCAUCAGUGGGUACGAUUCUAGCGCAUAUCUCAAUUAUUACGGGACGGCCACUAACAAUUUAACCACCCUACCUGACCCCGUUAUCUCUAAGCCUGCUCCCUCCUCUAACAACAGUAUCCCUAGUAGUUCGUCCUCCAUCGAUUCCAGCACUUCCGUGACAUCUACAGACGUUUGUUCCAUUCCCAAAAUUAAAGACAAGAUUGUUUUCAAGGAUAUCGAUAAUAAGAAUGCUAGCGUGAAAUUGGAACAGAAUGAACUUAAUAAUUUUGAAUUGGAGGGAAACGAGGAUAAUUCUGAUGACCAAUCGUGGGGUAGCGGACCUAGGAGGUCUUCUGUAAGGUAUAACAGCUUGUCGGAAGACCACCAUAAUGGAAAGAAACCCUUAGAGUCGUUCAUGGAGAGAUUUCUAAAACUAGAACGCUCCUAUUACAUCCUGCCUUCCCUUCAUAUGCAGCCAGUCAAUAGCUUGGUGGAGAAGCUCAAGGAUGAGGAUCUAAAUAUCCUUCUUCCUUCAACAAAUGACGAUGCCAAAGAAUAUGAAGAAGAUAAAGAUGCCAAUGCUAUAAACCAUUUUGAAGUUAUCUGUAUUAAUGUCAACGAAUAUACAAUUGGCAUGGAAAAAAAUAAUGAUGGUAAACAAAUAGUUCCUGUUCAAAACGAAAAGUCGCUGGCACCGCCACCAAGUACAUCUUUAGAAGGCCAUGAAGAAAAAAUGGAUUGUACAGACAUAAAGCCCGGCAGCCCUUCUAAAGCUAAUACUUCUAUUCAAAGCCAGUCAUGUGGCAAUACUAAUUUUGAUCAACCUUAUUCUGCUUCUUUCCAACAAAACAUGGGAGACUCAGAUAAACCAUAUAGCAUUUUAGGCAAUGCCACAUCUACUUCAUCUACAACUCCUAACAUUACCUUUCCAUAUUUGAAUGAUUUAGAACCUCUUAAAGAAACCUGUUAUACUCCUACCAUCCCUAUGUCACUCUCGACUUCAUCUUCUAAUCGACAAGCCUCCAUAAUAUUGGCAAAUCAAACCCCCACAGAAGGACUUGAAUGCGACAUGGAUUUGGAAAGGGAGAUCAAAGGCACGCUGGAUUAUUAUAAAGCUCAAACCUUGUCAGAUGCCGUAGACCAAAUGGCUAGUUAUAGCUCUUCCAAUCACGCGACACCCACUUUACACGCUCAUAACUCAUCCCUUACCAGCUCAAAUUUAUCCGAUCCCACUAUCGAUUCCAAUGAUAACCCACGUAAAGUACAAAACAGUUUUGAUGUCACAAAAUCAGAGUUUGAGGAGCCCCACAAAUCCAAAACGAAUACAAAUAAUUUCUCCGCCAGCAAUCUAGUCUACAAAAUUCAUUACGAGACUUUUGAACCAAUGCAAAUCGACAUGUUGGCUGCUGAAAGCCAAAAUCGUGAUACUGGCCAAUUUCGGAUACCAAUGGAAAACAUAGCCAAUAGCAAUGAAGAGUGUAUUCAUGAAGAAGUGAGUAUGGACCACCAAGCACAUCAUUUGAUAGAGGAAGAGGAGAGAGAGGAAAAGAACGAGAUGGAAUCAAGCCACCGUGAUGAUAUGAAAAUGGAUAAAGAACUACUAGAAAAGACUGGUGAAUCUCACACUAAUAAUAGAAACAUGACGACAUUUAUAAACUAUUCUUUGACCAAUAAAACUUUACUCCCUACGAAUUCUUCUGACUCCAUCGAACAACCCCAUUCCCCAAAUUUACCCCGAAACGAUUCUCAGCCAUCCAUAUGUAACGGAAUGCAUGAUAAGAACAUAAGUAAUAAAAGACGAUCGACCGAGGAGAUAAAUUUGGAAGAUGCCUGUCUACUUUCCGACUUGUUCUAUCUGCCAUUCGAGCACGGACCAGCCGGACAAGAAUUGCUGGACGAAUUUCACUGGCUCAAAUCUAACGCACUCUCUUUUUUAACCGAUUUUAAAGAUAUUGGACUGGGAGAAGAUUCUGAAAUUUUUAAGGAAAACGACAUUGGUAACAGAAACCUACCUAUUAACGUUAAACAAGAGGGCGGUAACGAUAAAAAUGUGGAUGAUAACAAUAGAUAUGGCCCUAGUGGAAGCAAGGAGAAGCCUAGAAUAAGGAAAUGGACCACCUACUUCAGGGCUAAAAAGAAAGGAGGAGAAAUUGAUACCACAGUUAAAAAUGAAGCAGAUACCACUAAAUCCGACUCCCAUCCCAUUACAUUAGACCAGUCUACACAUAAAAACCUUAAAAAUAUGCCUACAUCUGCACUGAAUAACGAAUGGACCGAAAGGGCGCAAGCUUUCGACAAUAGAUGCAAGACCAUCAUAUCUUUAUGCACAAAAAUGAUCAAGGUCCGUAACAAAGCCGUUCUUUUCGAAUUUUUCCCUUACGUAUGGGACCUCAAAGGGGUUUUGACCUUGGUUAGAGGAUUCCUAAGCUGGUUAGCUUUAGGAAUAUUUCCCACCAGGCCCCUUACUUCCGCUACCCUCAAUGGUUCACCUUUUUUUUGCAAUACUUCCAGCACUUACAACGCCUUCACGUCAUACGAUUCACUGUCCCUCCCUCCUUCGCCCCCAUCACAAAACCUUUCUUCUGCAAACGCUUAUAAUAGAUCUACUCGCUCAUCCGUCUUUAUCAAACAUUUAUCAGAAUUGUUGGAAGAGAGAUACUCUUGGAACGCAUAUUACGGUAAAGGAUUUUCUAUAGUUGCUAAGUCCACUUAUUCCACUAUAAACAGUUUUGCUUACGGCACUGCUGCCACAAAUGCCGCCACGAAUCAUAAUUCUAACGCUAUAAUAACGAACAUCAAUAACGACCCUAAAAGUACUUAUUUAUUACCUAACUCCAACCCUUCAGACAAUUUUGAAAAUUUGUUUAGUCCCAACGAUAAUAGUACUAAAUACGACAUGUCUAACCGUAACGCCAAAGAAGAAGGUAGUUUAAUUGAGAAAGGGGAGAUGGGACUGGAUAUAAAAAUCGAUCAUAAUGAAUCUAACACACACAUUGAAAAACAGAAAGGAAGUGAUAAAAGUAUGUCCAGUAAUACGAAAUGGGAAUCAGGCUCGAUAGAUGAAAAGGAAAUUAGUGAUAACGGAAAAGAUAAACGUGCAAAUGUUAUAAACAAUGAUAAUCACUUUGACGAAAAAAACGAUGAUUCCAUAAUCGCAAAUAUUGUAAAUAGUGUACCGAUAAGAGCAGAAAAUCACGAUUAUAACCAAGCGUCGAAAAUGGUCAUCGAGGAAACUGCCGUCAAUGCUUUCAAUCAAAAUAUUCCACUACCAGCGUCGACUCCCGAAUACCUUUCGAACAUCAUACCAGAUACUACUAUUCAAAAAUCCGUAAACAGCGUUGACUUUACGUCUCCCACCAUUGGAUGUGACAAUAAUUUAAACAAUCCGAAUAACUUGAUAAUUAAUUCGUCAUUAUGUCCCGUUAAUCCAAAUCCAACUGGUAUUUUACCCGUAGCCAAUAAUUUCGCAAGUUCCAAUACCGUGUCUGAACCGGCUAUCAUAAGAGGAGGGUUGCAGGCCGAAUUUCACAGAAUGUUGCCACUUGAUACAUGCAUUGACCUUUUCUGUCACAGGCCUCCUUACCCUCCCAUCAAGACAACUUAUACCAUAAGGCCUUAUAAUAGUUUGACCGAUGAAGAUGCCAUAUACAAAAUUUGCCGUUUAACCUACGACGACGGAAAGGAUGCGACUCAUUGGUUCGCGGAUCAUAUGGAUUUACCUGGGGAUUACCUAGCCUCAGCCUUUCUCACAUUGACUCCUUCCACCUGUUUUGUCCUCGAGACCCAAGAGCAUAAUCAGCUUACAGGUUUCGCUCUUUGUGCACCGGAUUCAAAAAAAUUUCUCGAUUGUUUUGAGAUUUCUGUCCUUCCCCAUGUGACAGCCCGUUAUUCUGGUCAAUCAUUAACCUCUAUCUUUGCCCGCGAUUCGCGUGAUUUGUACGAAGUGACCAAAAAUAGCGAAAAUAUGUUACUGAAUACGGAAAAAGGCGAAAAAGAUGACACAGCUAUGGAUAUACCUAGUCACGCUGAAGACUUGAUCAAAACAAGAUUCACCGAUUACAAGAGGUACCUACCCUCCAAAUUGCUUCAACAUUAUCCUUCGUUGGUCCAGUUUGCCUUUCUCCCAAGCGUAAACGAUUUCAGUAUACCUAAAAGAAUGUUAGCAUGUCUCAUGUCCGUCAUAAAGCUAUAUGGUUCUACCGGGAUAUUCGCCAAAGUUCCAAUCAAGCAUCCGAAUGAACAAGACUUUUAUAUUAAGCUAUUAGGCUUUUACGAGCUGACUAUGUUGGAUGAGUAUCCACCCGAAGCCAUUAUUUUAGGACGAGCUUUUUAUUAAUAGGAGAAUAUGAAUAAAAUUUUCUUUGCAUCCCCUCCUCCUUGAAAAACCCUCUUUUAAGGAUUUAAGAUUAUUACAACACAAACUAUAUAAUUGCUUCUUACUCAAUUUGUUAAAAAUAUGGAAAAUCUCGAAAUACAAUUUUCGUCUUUAAUGCAUCCUAAUAUGUUGCAACAAAUUUUACAUCCUUAUAGAGUGUCUUUAUGAUAAUAUUAGAAUGAUUUUGGUUUGCAAAUGAUGAAAACCAUAUCCAGCAAGAAAUUAAUAUUUGUAUUUCGAAGAAAUUUUAACUCUCUAUUUGAGAAAAUAACCGUUUUUAUAUCUUUCAACUCUCGUUGAUAUUACUGAUUAGAGUCCUUUAAUAUUAUAUUCACUACACCUUUAAAAUUAGUAAGAAACAUGAGCAUUUUAACUUUUCUUAAAACCAACCAAACUAUUAAGACAUGGGAAAUUAUAUAAAUAAAGCGCGUAUUAUUGCACAGCAUUAUUUUUAUAAUCUUUAUAUUUACAACGAUAAAAGAUAUAAUGUAUAAUUUUCGGUGUUAUUUUUGACCUUCACUACACUAUAGCUGUCCCAUUUUUAUAUCAUAUAAUUUUUUAAUUGCUAGAUUUUUAUUACAUAAAUUCCUUGCAUUAUAUAGUUAUAUAAACAGUUAUGUAAUAUAUAUGAAUAUUUUCUCACGCUGGAUACUAAUUUUAUCUCUUCAAUUAAGCCUCCUAAAUCUUAACCAUUUAUAGUAUUUAAAAUACUGUUGCAAUUUGGAAAGCUAUGUUAGUGAUUUGUAAAAGCCUUUAUUAUUUAAUAAAUUAAAGUUUAUAAAUUCCCAUAUUUAUAUUCAUAUACUCUUUAAAUUUAAGUAUACCAAUUAUUAAAAUAGUCAAAUAUCAUUGUAAAAUUUAGAAGAUUUUUUUUACAAUUAGAGAAUAUUAUAAUGGACAACAUACCAUAGAUAUAUUAAAAAAUACACAUGGGAUAUAUAAAGAAUUUAAAAAUUGAUUAACACUUUUCAUAUUAAUCGAUCUCCUUUUUUAGAAUAAUAAUGGAUGAAGUUUGAAAUAUUAUCAGCAUAAAUACAUUAUCUUUUUGAUGCGCUAUUCGACGUUAGAAAUUUCAUAUACUUAGUUGUUAAAAUCCUCUUUAUGCGGAAUAAUAGCCUUUGAUAUCUAAAAUUGUAUUUUAACAAAUACAAAUUAGCAAAUUUUAUAUAUAAUUUUUUUCUCCUAAUCCAAAAACGCUUUUGGCUAUACAUAAACGCGUAGUUAUUUUUUUAAAAUCGCUUAUUUAUAUAAUAAAUGGUUUAAUAAGAAAAACCUUAAGAAAAUAAAUAUGGAGUUAGUUUUUAUUUUAAAAAGUGAAAUCACGAUUUUAGCAACAAAAUAUUUAAAAGGUUGUUCCUCACUUUUUUGCCUUCAUCUAUCGUUUUAAAUCUCAAAUACUAAUCUGAAAUAUUUUUAUUCGUCGUAUUAUAAUAAUAAUAUUUUUUUAAAGAAGUACCAAAAAACAUAUAUCACAACACCAACGUAUUAUUAUUUAUUUUGGUAUCGCGCAUGAUUUUAGCAUAUGAUGUACCUGUAAUUAAAACGGAUAAAGAAAUUA